GAAUGAGCCCUGCACGCGCUCCCAGUCAACCGGAGUCGGAAAAAUGGUGGCCAGCGUUCGAGUGCAGAAGCUGCUCCGACGAUAUAAACUAGCGAUUGCCGCCGCAUUAACUAUCCUCCUGAUUCAAGGGCUUGUGGUAUGGAGUCUGAGAAGUCUGGAAGAAGGCGAGGCAGAGAGAAAACUAAGACAGUCUAAGCUGCCUGACCACGACAACCAGGACCCCAAGAAAGACAACGCACAGAAUUCAUUGUCGGGGAGAAACAAAGGAAGCAAUGGUGCCAGUGCACUGAGAAGAGGGAGCAGCCGCCGUGGAGGGAAGCCCAACAUCAGGCUGAAGACCCCCCAGGAACGGGGAAUGACAGGGGUUGGAGUAGAUGGUGUAGUCCCCCACGAUCUCUCCAGCAGCCGUAACCUCAGCGAGAUCCGCAGCGGCCCAGACGGGGCAGGCAAGUUACCUGCUGCUGCCAUACCAGGAGAGCCAGGCAGUGUGGAUGGGGCGCACCAAGCCCCCAACAGUGACUUUGUGCCUAAAUGUGAUAUCAUAGGAAAGGAUGCGCUGUCUGCUCUGCACCGCGCGGCAUCACAGCAGUGCAGACAGGAGAUUGCCAACAUUGUGUGCCAGCAUCAGGCCGGUCAGCUCAUGCCAGAGUCACUCCCUCAGUUCUGCCCUCAGCUUGGUAUGUCACAUCCACUUCAGGCUGUUGGUGAACUGGAAGACAGCCUAUCCGAGGUGGAGAACCCCGUCAGGGUGGCUUUCGUUCUGAUGGUCCAUGGCCGUGCCGUACGGCAGCUCAAACGUCUCAUCAAAGCCAUUUAUCACCGUGACCACUAUUACUACAUCCAUGUGGAUAAGCGGUCUGGCUACAUGCAUCGGGAGGUCCUGCAGAUAGCCCAGCAGUACCCAAAUGUGAGAGCCACGCCGUGGCGCAUGGUCACCAUCUGGGGAGGAGCCAGCCUUCUCAAAGCCUACCUACACAGCAUGCAGGAUCUGCUCUCCAUGCUGGACUGGAAGUGGGAUUUUUUCAUCAAUCUCAGUGCCACAGACUUUCCAACUAGGACCAAUGAUGAACUGGUGGCUUUCCUGUCGCUGCACAGAGAUAAGAACUUUCUCAAGUCCCAUGGGAGAGAGAAUGCCCGGUUUAUUAAGAAGCAGGGCCUUGACCGUCUCUUCCACGAGUGUGACAACCACAUGUGGCGUCUAGGCGAACGCAACAUCCCCGAAGGCCUGGAGGUCUCAGGCGGCUCCGAUUGGUUUGCACUCACCCACCGUUUUGUGGAGUACGUCAUCAACUCCCAGGACGAGCUUGUGUCGGGGCUGAAGCAGUUCUAUUCGUACGCUCUGCUUCCUGCUGAGUCUUUCUUCCACACAGUGCUCGGGAACAGUCUCAUGUGUGACACCCUGGUGGACAAUAACCUGCGCGUCACCAACUGGAACCGUAAGCUGGGCUGUAAAUGUCAGUACAAGCACAUUGUUGACUGGUGUGGCUGCUCUCCCAACGAUUUUAAACCACAAGACCUCAUUCGAAUCCAGCAACUGACCCGUCCAACAUUCUUUGCCCGCAAGUUUGAGUCCUCAGUGAACCAGGAGGCCAUAGACAUCCUGGACACUCACCUGUAUGGCCAGUAUGCUCCAGGAACUGUUGCUAUCAAGGCAUAUUGGGAGAGCUUGUUUGAGCAGCUGGACGGCGUGGGCUCUCUCAGUGACGUGGCUCUCACAGCGUACUUGUCAUUCUUUCGCCUGGGCCUGAAGAGUUUGGUGACUGCUCAGAGCAACGUGGAGGCCUGCAGGUUUGAACCAGUAGGCUUCCCUCUAUCUGUGCAUGUAUACUUUUAUGAUGACCGUUUCCAAGGGUACCUGGUUCGCCAAGAAGUCCAGGCAGUGGAGUCAAAGGCCAGGGAGACUUUGGAGAUGUGGGCAGUGCCUCAGGCUACACUCGUCCUUGAGAAGAACCUUAAAGAAUUUGAAAGGCUCAAGAAUCUGGAAAUCGGUACAGAGUGGGAUCCCAAAGAAAGGAUCUUCCGUAACUUCGGUGGGGUGAUCGGCCCUUUGGAUGAACCUCUGGCAGUCCAGAAGUGGGCACGUGGUCCGAAUCUCACCGCCACUAUUGUGUGGGUCGACCCGGCUCUGGUGGUGGCGGCAUCUUAUGACAUUACAGUGGAUUUGGAUGCAGAGUACACACACUACAAACCGCCACUGCAGCACCCCCUGCGGCCGGGCACCUGGACGGUGCGGGUGUUAAAACAAUGGGAGCGCGUGGCAGAAGUUCACUUUCUUGUCAUGCCAUUAACUUUUAAUAACAAGGAGCCGCUACGCAAAGAAGAGGACAGCUGGCUUCAUGCAGGACCUCCAGGGAACUUGUACCUGGAGCAGAGCUUCCAGCAGCUGAGCUCAGUGCUUAAGCUGCCUCCCCAAGAACCUGCAAUGCAGGUGGCCCAGCGUAAUUCCCAGUUGGUGGGCCAGGCCCUUGAUGCAUGGGUGGACACUUCUGUUGAGUCCUUCUGGGUUAUCGGCGACUUGUGUGCAACACAGAGUUCCUCAUGCCCAGCUUUGGGAUCUUGUUCAAAGACUGCCUGGAGCUCCUUGUCCCCAGACCCUAAAUCUGAAAUGGGCCCAGUGAAAAGCGAUGGGCGGAUCAGGUAGCCCUCAGAGAAGAGAGACUGCAGACUUGCACACACAGGAAGACUCCAAGAAAAUCGGAGACUGCUAGGAGACCUGUGUGAACCAGGACGUCUCCGAGGUCGGCUAAGAGCUCAAGGGCACAUAAGCAACGAUAAGGAAUCUUCCUCCACCGAGGAGCCGUGUCUUUCUCAGCGACGCAGUAAUACAGGCUUGAAAGACAAGAGCAUGACUGCUGGAAAUUUGCACAUAGGAAACUGCAAGCGCACAGACUUGUAGCACCGCUUACUGAAUGGUUACACGAAUGCCGGGUGUAACGUGUUGUUUAAGCUGUUGCACAGGUUUGCAGUCAUGAUCCGUCUGUGCUGGAGUUUCUUAAAGAAGUGUUCAGGCGCACAGUUUUCCUGCAUUUCGGAAGAAUCAACAGGCUCCGUGCUCCGUCUUCUUUUCAAGGGAGAAUCAAACCUGUGAAUCAUGUUAUUGUGCUUAUUUUGAAGCAUUAUUAUGUAAGCAUUAAGGAACAGAUAGAUGAAGUGCACUUUACUGUAAGACUUUGGUUUUACGCAGAGGUCACUAGGUUACAAUGUGAAGAUUAGAAGGUAACGGUUAAGGUCAUUUCUUUCUUUCUUUUUUACAAUAGGAACAAACUUGCGCUGCCACUCCCUGUUGCACAGACACAUCAUAAAAUACUUGGACUGUAACACAGAGAAGGAAGAGUAGUAAAGAGAGUGGGGUUCUUGUGUAUCCUUAGGAGUCUUAUGCUUUUUAAAAAAAUAUUAUUUGUGUCAUUUUUUUCACAUUUUGUUUGUUAAUUCGCAGAACUGGCUGCUAAAUGGAGUUACAUUUUGUGUUGUUGCAAAAAAAAAAAAAAAGGCUAUGAGCUAAACGUCUGGUCUAAGGAAGUGCCUAGACCGCUGGUGCAGAUAGCGAGGAUGCAUUCAGUUUCUCUGAGGUCAUCUUUGUAAAACGUCAUUAACUGAGAAGGAGGGAUGUGCAGUGUGCAUGAACGCUCCAGAACAACAGACGGUGGACCUUAAGUCGAGACUUUUAGUUCCGCUGUUUGACCUGUCAGGAUUUCUUAUCUACUCUGCUAAAGCGACUCUACCGAGCUGAAGGAAAUGUGGGUAAAAAUAACGUUUAUUCAGAUUACUCUCGGCCCACUGGGAAGAUUGAAACCACUCUGUUUAUGUUAGCUCAGCAUGUAGGCUGGAAAUGGGAAGAAGCAGGCAAAAGCCAAGACACUCUACGUCUGAAACGCAG